AUGAGUUUAACAAAGGAUACACACCUUCCUAGCGAUGAGGAACUCACAGUUCCUCAGGAAAUAUCCCUUUCUACACCUUGGCUCAAGGCUGUCGCUCCAUACAUGGCAAAGCACUGCGAAAAGGAAGCCAACGAGUUCAUGCUUCGAAGAAAAGAAUCGGAAGAUCCACGAGCCGUUUUGAAAGAAGGAGCGGCGCUGACAGCUUGCGGAGUUAAUUUUCUGCAAUCGCUGAAACGUUCCUGCCUCCCACAAACACAAAAGCUCGCCGAAUGCGUCGAUCAAGGAAGUGCCAAGUUGUAUAUGUCGAAAUGUCAUAACGACCAGAAGGAGUUGGACGCAUGUGUUGAAGCUAACAUGAACUUAACCCGCCCGAAACUCGGCUAUUUUAGCAAGCUUCAUGUUUACGAUUCGGCUACUCCAGCUCCAGAGGUGAAACUUCGCGACUACAAAGCUGAAGCAGCUAAAGUGCUCAAUGAACUGCCAGCCGAGUAUCAUCUCCGUAAAGACUACCGUAAAUAUAACGAUUGGCGCUACAACAUCACUGAAAGCUAA